AUGCCUGUUCAAGAAACUCUUAAUUUUACAAUAUUUAUUAAGAAUUUUAUUGAGUUUCCAGCAUUCAAUAUUAAACAUAGAAAUAUGGUUGAUAAUUUGAAAAACCCAUGUACUUUUCAUCCAGAACAUUAUAAAGAUUGUCCGAUAUUUAGAAUUGAUUAUAUAAUGAAUGAAGCUGAAAAAAAUAUUAGUGAACGUAAUUUAAUGUUACGUCAUGGUGGUAUUAUACGUAUUAAAAUUGAUUGGGAUUGUAAUUUAGAUCGAAAUAUAAAACGAUGUAAGCCUGAAUAUUCAUUUGCUCGUCUUGAUGUACCUUUUCAAGAAAAACCAUUUUCACGUGGUUUUAAUUUUCGUUAUGCUUCUCAUUGGAAACGUAAUAAGAAGCAUUUUCGUACAUUAACAAAAGCUUUUGGUCUUCGUUUAAUAAUUGCUAUUAGUGGUAAAGCUGGAAAAUUUGAUUUUAUUACAUUAACUUUAAAUACUGGUUCAUUAGUUGGACUAUUUGGUUUAGCAACAUAUGUUUGUGAUAUUAUUCUACUUCAUAUAUCAAAAAGAGCACCUUUUUAUCGUAAUCAUGUAUUUGAAAUUGUUCAUCUACGAACACGUGCUAAUAGUACAAUAAACGAACCAAGAAAAUAUGUUUCAAGAAACGAUGAUGAAUAUUCAAAUUCCAACUCAAAUAUGCAAUCAGAAUUAUCGUAUGCAACACCUGAGUAUAGUCCAACGUCGUCCGGAAAAACAGUUACCAUCGGUGCAGUGACUUUUAUUAAUCCGCUUUCAUCAACAUAUUAA